AUGGGGACGAUGGCGCAGGUGUUCUCGGUGCCUGUCGUGUUUCCCAACACGAGGCAGGACGACUCACUCUUCCAAAUCUUCGAUGCUCUCGAAGGCCUUGAAUCCGUCGUCGAAGACGUUUUCGGUCGCAUCAAGAACCGGGUUUCACACGAAAAGAGCAGAAUCGAUGCCAUCUCCUCGCGAAUCGACACCGCCAAGGCGAAAGUGGCGCGUGUAGCGGGGAGCACCAAGGCCAUUGCCGUGCAUUCGUCGGCGCGCUACCCGGCCCCCAAGCAGCUCGAGGAGUACCACCCGCUCUACAUAGACGUGCCGCGCGUGCCGCCCAAGCACCCCAAGCACCGCCUUCCCGAGGCUCCCCAGAUGCCAAUCCUUUCGCUGAGAGACCCGCUGGGCGACGACCCGUUCCUGCCGGAGAGCACGCACCUGCGUCGCUCCGAGAAAUCAGAGGAUCUCAGGGAGGGCCUGGGCCGACUGCCGACAGAGCUGGAGUCGAUCAGUUCCCUGCUGCUGUUCAACACGCAGGACAACCCCUACAAGAAGUACGUCUCGCUGGACAACUUGGCCGGCAAGGAGGUCGCAGCGCCCGUGCAAGACAAGAAGAGCCUCGCCGACGCCCCGACCACGCUCGGCACCGACGAUCUGCCGCACGUGGGCUUGGUGGAGUACGGCUACAAGCCCGUGCUGGGCGACGUGCCCGAGUUCAACCUGCCGUCCGUGCUGCCCGACUUGACUAUGGUGGCCGACAUCAACUGGAACUCGGCCGACCUUCCCGAGUUUGCGCCCAUCGCCCCCUCCACCAAGAACGUCAUGGUCGACCUUCCCGACGUCACCCCCGGCCCGGACGAUGGUGCGGCGCCGGACCUCGACGUGCCGGAUGUGCCGUUGAUCGACGCCGGCGGUGGAAUGCCGCCCCCGCCCCCGCCGCCCAUGGGCAACAUCUCCGCGCCUCCGCCCCCGCCGCCUCCCGCCGGGGCCGGUGCUCCGCCCCCGCCCCCGCCGCCGGCCGGCAACAUCCCUCCGCCCCCGCCCGCCAACGUGCCCAGCUUCGACGAAGCACCGUCUGGCGGUGGCGACGCCCGCUCCAGUCUGCUGGACGACAUCCGAAGGGGCCACAAGGACCGCCUCAAGAAGGCGACCCCGGGCAACCUCGAGGACGCCCCGCCGUCCCUGUCCGGCGACAACCAGUCCGGCGCCGCUGUUCCGCCGCCCGCCUCGACGGGCGACAUCUUCAGCGACCUCAUCAUGGCGCUGAACCGUCGUCGUGUGGGUCUCAAGGGCGAAGCUCCGCCCAAGAAGCGGACCAAGAAGGCCAAGGCCCCUGCUGCAGAGGCGGAGAUCAGGUUGCCCGACGUGGACGGCGACUUCGCGCCGCCCGAUCUAGACGACUCGCCGGCCGUACCCGACCUGGGCGACGACGAAGGCGAUGACGACGAGGGCUCCUCCGACUCUGAGUGGGAAGUGUAG